AACGUCACUGAAACGGCAGCAGGUUUAACAGAAAGGGAAGAGAAUAAACAUUGCAGCCUUGCCCGGAUACAAACCCCUUUCUUUAGUUUACAGGAGCUGCGUUUGUGGUAGCAUCCCACAAUUUGAAGAUGCUCCAGUCCGUUGCUAGUAGUUCGUGCAUGCAGAUCAUCCAAACCCACAAAUCGACGUGGUACUUUGUGUUUCUGGUGCUGGGCUACAUCCUUUAUCUGAUCUUCGGGGCCAUCGUCUUUUCGUCCGUCGAGCUGCCAUAUGAAGCCGCCCUGCGCAAGGACCUGAUGGAAACGAAAGCGAAUUUCCUCCGGGACCACGAGUGCAUCACAGAGGAGAGCCUGGAGCGCUUUGUCAAGGAAGCGCUCGACGCGAGCAAUUACGGCGUGUCCAUCCUCAACAACACCACUAACUGGAACUGGGACUUCACCUCUGCGCUCUUUUUUGCCAGCACCGUGCUCUCCACCACAGGUUAUGGUCACACAGCCCCACUGUCGGAGGGUGGCAAGACUUUCUGCAUUAUCUACUCUGCGUUCGGCAUACCGUUCACCCUCCUCUUCCUCACCGCCGUGGUGCAAAGGAUCAUGGUUUACAGCACAAGGAAACCUAUUUCGUACAUCCACAUACGCUGGGGCGUGUCCAAACCUCUGGUGGCCAUCAUCCACUCUUGUCUUCUGGCUUUUUUGGCCAUCACAUGCAUCUUCCUCAUCCCUGCGGCCAUCUUCUCGGCACUGGAGGAAAACUGGAACUUCUUGGAGUCGUUCUACUUCUGCUUCAUCUCACUCAGCACCAUUGGAUUGGGCGAUUAUGUGCCGGGAGAGGCGGCUAACCAGAAGUUCAGGGAGCUCUACAAACUUGGAAUCACUCUCUACUUGAUCAUGGGCCUGAUCAUCAUGCUUGUGGUCCUGGAGACUUUCUGCGAGCUGCAGCAGCUGAAGCAACUGAGGAAGAUGUUUUACCUGAAAAAGGAAAAGACGCGAGACCGUCUGGCCAUCCUGGAGCACGACCACCUUUCCUUCAACUCUGUGGAGGACAGUGCACUUAGCGACGACAAGGCCCGCAUGUUUGUUAGUGUUUCAAGUCUGUCCUCUCGUAGUGGCGACUUCAUGAUCCAGUAGUGGUAGGGUGAUAGACCAAGACAAUUUCAAUUCAUAAUACAACUUUGCUGUAGUUCUUGCUCGUGGGAGCAAAGCUUCAUUAUGAGCCGCCGGUUCGUUAAAUUAUUUGUUGAAAUGUCUUAGGAAGAAUUGUUUUUCAAUUAACAUAUCAUUCAGGAGAAUUCAUCAGUUGCUUCUAGGCUUUUGGGAAUUAAGAUGCACAUAGCUUAUUUCAGAAAAAACUAUAGUGAACAUGUUGUUCAUUGACAGUUGCUUUAUAAGGCUUGUGUUGACUUCCAUUGCCUCGGUUGCCUAUCUAAUGCGAAGAGCAACGUGUCAAGAUGGUUAAUGUCCCAACAGUUUGGUGGCAUCAUUUUAGUUGGCAAAUCCGUACUAAGAAAUUGACAGACACCUUUAAUUUUUUUUAUUUAAGAAUAGUGGUUCUAUGUGAUUGCUGCUUCAAUCUUUAAUGAAGGUGUAAAGUUUCCCUGCUUGCCCUCCAUGUCAUUCAUGGAUGUAUGAGUUACAAUCAUGUUCUUGCGAUAAUUUAUGUUGUACCUGUAUGUUUGUACACACUUUGAUUUAUUACCUUGUCUCAUAUCAUAUCAUGUGCACACAAUUUAGGAUGUGAGAUUCACCUCUAAGUGUACUUUUGCACAUGUACCGUACACGAACCAGCCAAAAUGGCAGAUGUGGUUCUAAAUAUCGCAGCUGUAUUGUGAAAGAAGUUGAACAGGUAGCAGACGUAACGUUAGUCAAGUUAUACUCGACAAAAACAACCGAGUGUAUUUUUAAAGGGACUACUAGCCAGAAGUAAAAUGCUCUGGCAAACAUAUUGAUAUUUUAAUCAAGUGUUCUGAAUGCCUUUUGCAAAGCUAUACAUGCUAUCAGAUAUACUGUACAUGAUGUUUACAACUCAGCUAUCGUAGCUCAGCUGACUAAGUGCAGUAGGGUCACGUUGACAGUCAAGCGUAUGUGAUAACAACAGUUUUCCCAUCUUGAAGGUACAAAUGUAAUUGAUACAUUGUAGGACAUGUCUUUUAUUUGUGAACUGUUUUUAUAUGUCAGCUGGGGCGGGGGAAAGUCCUCAGAUGUUGUUGUCAUUAUUGCUGUAAGAUAUUUCACUGGUCAGUUAAGUAUAUACAUGGAUGGAUUCAAUUUACUCAUGCUGAUGGCACAAGUCAUCUGCAAAUGUCAUGUUGAGUCCAUAAUGUGUAUUGAAAACAUUUCAUUUUAAGGGAAAAGUACUUGAUUGAUGUUUCUGCCUCCCAAAUAAAGUGCUGUUUUGUAACUGGA